AUGCAGCAACCAACUCAGCACAUCGCAAUGAAUCUGGGCGAUGGUACAGGCCAUCAGGGAGCGCUCUUUCCCAACGGCUUGCCCCAUACUUCGAUGCCGACGGACCCGCUGACUUCGGCGCUUAGCCUACUACCUCCGGAACUGCUCCAGUCGCAUCAGCAUCCGCACAUACACCACCCGUUCGGUCAUAUUGCUUCUUCUCAACCUGGCGCGUCUCCUUCGCUGCUAGCGCACGUGCAGAAUCAGCUUCCACCUUCAGCCCAAAACCUGCUGGGUCAGCAACCACAUGGCCCGCAACCUCAACAAACGCCGUUGUCUGACGGUCAGCAAUCGCGUCAGCGUACACAACAGCAGCGUUCGUCGUCUCAGCAUCUUCAACCGCAGCCUCAGCAGCAGCAACAACAGCAGCCGCCCCAGCAACGACGAUCACAUCAGCAACAGAGGCUUGAACCUUCAUCCAGCCAGCCAGGCCAGCAGCAGGGACCAUCUAUGCGUUCGCAGCAGGGUAACGUCCACCUAAAUACUCAGCAGCAUCAAGCUCCUUCUCAGUCGCAACAGCCACCAAACCUCGCCCAACUCCUCGGCUCCAAUCCUGCCGCUCUCGGUGGCUCUCAGCCUUCGCUUCUUCAAGAGCAUGCCUCCAUCCUGUCCGACGCUCGCUCCUCGGUCUCGAGCUUUUCGCAGUCGUUACACGAUGCCAAACAUGCUACACCUGCAGAUCGAGGCGAUGUCCGCAAUGUCGUGGCCAUGCUCGAGCGCGCGUCAAAAGCCCUCGCUGCGGAGCUGGAUCAAGGAGUGGCCAAACUUCGUGCAUUGUCCAACUCGCCAGCCUACAACAACAUGGCUGGGCUGUUCAAUAGUGCGGGCGCAAAUCUGCAUGGACAAGGCUCUGUCUCUGGGCAGGAUCUGUUUUCCGCCCUUAAUAACUUUGGACCUACUGGCUCUGGCUUGCAACAUCAGCAACAGCAACAACAGCAGCAGCAGCAGCAGCCAAAUGCCGGAGGGCUGCCCUUCGACCUCGGUAUGGGCUUCCAGCAAAACCAGCAUGCCAACGGCAUUUUCAAUAUGAAUGGUCCAGGCAGCACUGACUCUCCUGGUAGUGCACCUGGUGGAUACAACGGCGGCUUCUCGAACGAUGGUGGAGCACGAGGGAAUGGUCAGCAGGGCGCAGGUGCGCAAAAUCAGCCUUUCCUGCCUGCUCUACUCGCGCAAUACCUCUCUCAAUCCACAGACUCCUCCAAUCGCACGGGUGCAUUGUCGCUGUUCCAGUCUCUUGCCGCCAACGGAAACGCGAAUGCUCCUUUCCCUAGCUCGAUGCAAGGUCUCGAGGCAUUAUUGAAUCAAGGAUUACCGCAACAACAACAGCAACAGCCGUCUCGUGGAGCCAUGCCUGAAAUGGAUGGCAAUCGACUCAAUAGCCACCAGGCUGCGCCAGCACAGCUAGCCAAUGGGGCGCCGCUCUCCAACGCUGCUGCACUCGCUGCCUUGACUUCGCUAGGUAUCACGCCCACCAUGCUCGAGGCGUUGGGGCUUGGCUCGGUAGCACAGCAGAUGCUCGAUGCUCCCGUCGAUAGCGGUCGCAAGCGAGAGGAGUCAAGCAAGCCAUCCGCAGCCCAGGUGAACCGCCGUUCUCCCGACCUUCGCGACGAGAGUCCCGAGAUGGAUCACAGCGAUCCUUUCUCCGAGCCAGCGCGCAAGAAGAGGAAGCAGAGUCGCUCGAAAGCUAUCGGUUCUUCGCAUCCCGUUGGUGCCGAAGCCGGCGCUGCCAAGAUAUCUUCUCUGACUCCAGAUGCGCAGGAGCCGUCCAGCGCUCGCUCAAGUCAUCCUGCCGCGACGCCACACGGCGCAUCAGCGAAAGCCUCGGCUUCAGCUGCCAGCCAUCUUGAUCGCAGCAUGGCGUCCAAUCCCAACAAUCCCAACGUGGCUGGCCCCUCGGACGCAUCUAAGCGCAUUCCCACGCUGGGAGUCGGUCUGCGACAAGAAGGUGAUAAGCGCUAUCGAAAUCGCAAGCUGCUUCGCGAUCUUAGGGAGCAUCUCUACCGCUGGCUGGGCACUGACGAGUUCCGCAAGCUUCGCAACACGUACAAGGUCGCCGAGUGGGUGCCCAAUCCUCACUUGACGGAUGAGGAGAAGCAGAUCUUGGCCUCGUUGCCUCCUGGUACGGUGGCGCAACCUCCGAUCACGACACACAUCUUUCACGUCGAUUUCACCAGUCGUGACUUUUAUCGCACCAACCAGUCUCUCAUCGAUGCUAUUGUGACCGAAGGGUCGAAGAAGGUCGAGGCGAAACCGGAGGCGUAUGCGAUCGUGCCUGGCACCAUUGACCGGGAUCACCUCGAGGACGUGGCGAAGGAUCUGAUGGACUCGGCGCGGUCCGGAUUCCGCAUGUCGCUGCGUACGGGUCUACAGGCGGAGAAGGAGGACAAGGAGAAGCACGAGAAGUACAGGGGUGUCGAGCGCGCCAAGACCAAGUGCCGUAAUCGCGAGAUUGGCGCGGGGCGUCUCAGACACGCUAUCCCCAAGCAGCUGCUGAUCCCCGGUGCCUACUCGGACGAUGCUGCCAGCGACGAGGACUUGCACGGCUUGACGAAAUCCGAAUGGAAGCGUCAGCGCUUGCGCAAGCUGCGCAUCGCGAAGGGCUGGGAAGCGGUGACGCCCAAGUGGCGCAACAAGCACUUGACGCGCGCGUAUCACAAGGCGGAUAUCGUGAGCAAGAGCAAGCAGAUGGCGCGAUGGCGGAGGGAUGAUCCGGUCGACUUGCCCAUCCCGAUCAAGCUGUACGGCAAAUUGCUGCCCAAGCAGCUGUUUGAUGCGGAGUGGCUGGCUGAGCAUAGGAAGGAGCUCGAGGACGAACCGUAUUGUAUACGCAUCAACGACAACGAGAUCGAGGGGUGGGAGGAGGGGCAUCAUCCGUUGGGCGAGGAUACGAGCGACGAGAUGGAAUGGAGCGAUGCCAAGGAGAGCUCCAUGCGGGGGCGACAGCUCAUCGGUGCCAGUGGGAGGGAUCGCGCGUCGACGACGCAGUCUCCUGCUUCGCGCUCUUCGGCCGCACCACCACCCGCAUCAGCAGGGUCAGCAUCGGCGUCCAAGGAGGUCGCGGCUGACAGCAAGGCUGGUUCCGCUUCACCUGUUCCCGCUGGCUUGGUAGCACUAGCGACGGCCGGUAAAGAGACGCCGGAUGCUCUGGCCAACACCACCCCCGCCAGCGCUCCAGCAGCAGCUGAGGACAGUGCUACGACAAAAGUCGCACUAGCAGUGUCGGAGGAUUCGGGCACGAGCAGCGUAGCGUCGAGCUCGAGGUCCGGCGUGUUGGACGGAGGCAGCGAUACGGAUUCGGAUUCUUCCGUCGUCGUCACGCAUGCCGAGGAGAACAGUGAGACGGUCGCCGCCGCAGCGAAAGGCUCGGUGACGGGCGACUACGCGGCGGCCGAGCCGAACACGGACGAUGCUGCGGUGGUUGCCGAGCAGGACAAGGUGUCUGAUUCGUAG